GGACAACCAGCAGAUGAGGGGAAGAAAGAAAAGCAAGGCAAGUUCGAAGCUGAGGGAAACCCACUCAAGAAGGUCAAGCCAGAGUCCCAGGCAAAGUCAGAGAGCCAGUCAUGUGCUGCUGAAAAGCGCCCUGAUGAAGAUUAUGUGCCCCAGAAGGCAAAAAGAAAAACGGACAGGAUGAUGGAGGAUUUCCCCAAGGACUAUCAGGACAACUUACAGGAAAGGCAUCUGGGAGGUGAGGAGAUGCUGAAACAAUGUGGAGAUCUGUCAAGGGCUCAGCUUGAAGAGCUAAGGAAAAGACAGAAAAUGGGUGGAUUUCAUUGGAUACAAAGAGAUGUACAGGAUCCAUUCACCCCAAGGGGGCAACAAGGUGUCAAGGGAAUGAGGGGAGGAAGGAGGAGCCAAAGGGGCUUACAUGAUAUCCCAUAUUUUUAA